CACCAAUUGUCACCUAUUUCACAGAGCACUAGUACUAUUACUUUUUAAAAUUUUAUUUUUAUUGAAAUUUUCCAUUUUUGUCACAGUCAUAUAUAUUUUAUUUUGAGGUAUUUGAUAUAUUAUACCUCCUGUUCAUUCAUUACCUUUUAAAAUGAUGUAUCGCAUGAAGAAUAUCAUAAAAUAUGACGAUCAACUGUCAUUGCCGAAGUGCAUGUAUCGCAUGAAAAAUCCAAACCAUUCUGUGCAACCAGACGAUUGCGAUAUUCAUAUCAGUGAGCAGGUUAUCAAGCUUCUUAAGGCACAAAUUUCAAACAAUAAAAUGGCUGAAUUAGAAAAGCGACAAGAUCUGCUCCUGAAAAAACUUGAUACACUCUAUGAUAGAAUUAAAACAAUUAGUGCACACUGCAAGUUUAAUGGACAAGAUCGUAAAAUAAACAUAAAUAUACAACCAGAAGAAAUUGUAUUAAUUGUGAGUCCUGAUAAUUGGCCUUGGUUUUUGAAGAUAAUACUUUCACAGUCCAAUAUUGCUCUAAAAACAACAUGGCAUAUUCAUUCAUCUGUGCCUAAUGACAAAGCUUUAAAAAUUGAAGGCUUCAUGAAAAAUUUGCAAACACAAACUUCUGUAAAUAAUGCAGUUAUGACUUUAAGGCUGAUAUUCAAAUGUGUUUCAGCUGAUACUGAAUUAAAAUUAUCACCCUUGGCCAUACCAAUAACUGGCAAUGUUAAUGUACUGAGAUAUUUAUCAUUGGUUUUCCCAUCUGUUGUAUUUUAUGAUCAUGAAGACCAUACUGUGGAUGGGCUACUAGAUAUCUGUCACAUAUUAGAAAGAACUCCAGAAAAGAACAAAGAAAUUCAGAUUACAAAACUAUUUUUAAAUUGUAAAAAUUGGAUAUAUAAAAAUGAAUUUACAAUUGUUGACCUGGCAGCAUACAAUAUUGCUAAGCAGUGGAAAACAAUUCCAAAAUCAGUACCAAAAGUAUGGUAUGAAAACUGCAACAAACUUUGCCUAUCUGUGUAAAAUAAAAUGUAUUUAACAACUGAAUAGUUUUUUAAUUAAUGUAAAAAUGAAUUACCAAUUUCUUGGACAUUCGAACAUAAUAUUAUUUUAUCUGUGAUAUUACUCACAGUGAACAUUCAAAUGAUUUUUAGAGAACACUACCAUACUCACUUGAGUUUUCGCCUAUGACACUUAUCAUAGACAAACUAAUUGUUGAAUGAAGGAUUUAAUUAAACCUGAAAAGAUAUAUGCAGUGAAAUAUCAAU